AUGACCAUGAUGAAGGCGCCCACGUCCACCUCCUACCUCAUCCUGGCUCCCGUCGCGAUCCUGCUCCUCCUCUUCCUGCUCUCCUCACUCAACCGCACCGGCGCCGGCGGCGGCUCCGACGGCCUCGGCGUCCUCUGCGCCCGCCGCGCCGGGACACGCCACCCCACCGCCGAGGCGGCGGAGCCCGAGCUGAGCCUGCUGGUCGGCAUCCUGACGAUGCCGAAGCGGCGGGAGCGGCGCGACAUCGUGCGGCUGGCGUACGCGCUGCAGCCGCCGGCGGCGGGCGCGCGGGUGGACGUGCGCUUCGUCUUCUGCAACGUGACGGACCCGGUGGAGGCGGCGCUGGUGGCGCUGGAGAUCAUGCACCACUGCGACAUCAUCGUCCUCGACUGCGCCGAGAACAUGAACGACGGCAAGACGUACGCCUACUUCUCGUCCGUGCCGCGGCUGUUCGCGGCCGCGCCCUACGACUACGUGAUGAAGACCGACGACGACACGUACCUGCGGGUGGCGGCGCUGGUGGGGGAGCUCCGGCCCCGGCCGCGCGACGACGUGUACCUCGGCUACGGCUACAACAUGAGCGGGGACCCGAAGCUGUUCAUGCACGGCAUGGGGUACGUGCUGUCCUGGGACCUGGCGAGCUGGGUUUCGACGGCGGAGGAGAUCCUGGCGCGGAACGACACGCUGGGGCCCGAAGACCUGAUGCUCGGCAAAUGGCUCAACCUCGCCGGCAAGGGCCGGAACAGGUACGACCUCAAGCCGCGGAUGUACGACCUCAGCUGGGACAUGGACAACCUGCGGCCGGACAGCGUCGCCGUGCACAUGCUCAAGGACAACCGCCGGUGGGCGACCACGCUCCGGUACUUCAACGUCACCGCCGGGAUCAAGCCGUCCAAGCUGUACCACCUGCCGUGA